GUAUCCAUGUAGAAGCAAUGUUGCUUUAGAACCCUCUCCUGAAAUUUUGUCGCUGGCCGCUGAGUCUGGGCGUUGCCUGCGCCAGACCGCAGUGUCUUUUUUCCAUAUUUUUUAUUUGCAAGGAAAGAAAACCAGCCCCACGCCUACCAUUGGUUGUUUACUUCUUCCCUUUAUUUGUUUUGUCCGUGAGAUUUAGUAGCGAUCCAAUAGACUCACCCAAAACCAGAGACGCGGGCAUGGCGAAUCCCACAGUGAAGGCUUUGAUCUCUGUCAUGGUAUCUCUAUUCCUUGUUUCGGCGACUUUUGCGAGUUCAGAUGCUCCUUUCAUCGUCGCUCACAAGAAGGUUACUCUCAACAGGCUUAAAUCCGGCGCUGAAAGAAUCUCCGUCUCGAUCGACCUCUAUAACCAAGGAUCUGCGACUGCGUAUGAUGUAAGUCUAGCUGAUGAUAGUUGGGCCCAAGAUAUCUUUGACCUGGUCAGCGGUAACACUUCCAAGACAUGGGAAAGGAUUGAUGUUGGUUCUCUUGUGUCUCAUUCCUUUGCUCUGGAAUCUCAAGUGAAAACUGUGUUCUAUGGUGCACCUGCUGUCAUCAAAUUCCGGGUUCCUACUAAGGCAGCACUACAGGAGGCUUAUUCAACCCCAGUGCCACCUUUAGAAAUCCUUGCAGACAGACCACCAGAAAAGAAGUUUGAAUGGGCAAAGAGGUUGUUGGCAAAAUAUGGAUCGUUAGUGUCGGUGAUCUCCAUUGUGGUUUUGUUUGUAUACCUCGUUGCCACCCCUUCAAAAUCCAGUGGUGCAAAGGGAAGCAAGAAGAGGCGUUGAGCAUCUAAGAUGAGAAGCCGGCUUCAUGAUUUCGUCUCCUGUUGAAAUAUUUGGAGACGAAAGAAUGCCCCCCAUGACCUCAGUCAAGCUUUUCUAGUGAUGAGGACAUACUGUUCAAACUUGUAGUAAUUAUUAAAACCUGAUUUUUUUUGUAGUUUUGCCUACGGGCAUCUCUUUUUUCUACAGGAGAUUCAGUAUCGGCCAUGAAAGAUUACUUGAAUCUGAGUUGAGUUAUCUUUCUUGCUUUCUAUCGCCA